CGGCGCCCGGCGCCCAGCUGCUGCCGCUGCUGCUGCUCGCGCUCCAGAGGCGCCGGAGCCGAGCUCUUCCGACGCCUGCCGGCCUAGCCUCGUCGCGCUCCUGCAGGAGGGAGAUCCGGGGUUGCUUGUGGGGUCGUGUGACCCCACGGGACCCAAGGUGGAUCCACUGUGGCUGGAAUGGAGUCGGGGAGCGGGUUCUAUGCGGGCGAAGGUCUUCAAAUUGAUCCCAACUGGCUCAUCGACCCGAAGCUUCUCUUUGUUGGGCCACGCAUCGGCGAGGGUGGACAUGCCAAGGUCUAUGAGGGGAAGUACAAGAACCAAAACGUUGCCAUCAAGAUUGUGCACAAGGGAGACACCCCUGAGGAGGUGGUCAAGAGGCAGGGUAGGUUCUUGAGAGAGGUGACCAUGCUGUCAAGGGUGCAGCACAAGAACCUUGUCAAGUUUAUUGGGGCUUGCCUAGAGCCUGUCAUGGUGGUGGUGACUGAGCUAUUAGUGGGGGGCUCUUUGCGGAAGUAUUUGGUCAGCUUGCGGCCUAGGAACUUGGACCCUCGUGUAGCAGUUGGAUUUGCAUUGGACAUUGCCCGAGCCAUGGAAUGUUUGCAUGCACACGGGAUCAUUCAUCGUGAUCUUAAGCCUGAGAACCUGCUGCUUACUGCUGACCAAAGAACAAUUAAACUUGUUGACCUUGGUUUAGCAAGAGAAGAGACAUUAACAGAGAUGAUGACAGCGGAAACAGGAACCUACCGUUGGAUGGCUCCAGAGUUGUACAGCACAGUCACAUUAAGGCAUGGUGAAAAGAAGCAUUACAACCAUAAAGUAGAUGUUUACAGCUUUGCAAUUGUGUUAUGGGAACUACUUCACAAUAAACUGCCCUUUGAGGGCAUGUCUAAUCUGCAAGCUGCAUAUGCUGCCGCUUUCAAGAACAUCAGACCAAGUGCAGAUAAUUUGCCGGAGGAGCUGUCAGAAAUCCUGACAUCCUGCUGGAAAGAAGACCCAAGCGACCGACCAAACUUCACCCAGAUAGUGCAAAUGCUUCUUCAUUACCUCUCCACCCUUUCACCGCCAGAACAUAUGGCCCCGGCUCGCACAUUCAGCUCGGAGAACGCAAUCUUACCUCCCGAAUCCCCUGGGACAAGCUCACUAAUGGCUUCUCGAGGGGAUAUCACGCCUAAAGGCAAUAUCGAAGACAAACCAAGGGGCUUCUUUUUCUGCUUUAGCCAAUGCUAUUAGCCACACAGAUGGUGCAAGGUAACUCCCAAGAUGAUGCAAAACAUCAAAGGAGCAUCACCACCAAACGCUGUGACUCGGACCGUAAUUGAGUCUCAGCACACCCCAUAGUUCAUACCCCAAAGCAAGGCAGAAAUCCCUGGAAAACUGUUCUUUCUGCAAAUCAGGCCACCCGUGCUUCUCUGACAUGUUUCAACAUAUUAGCAGGGUAAAUCUGAGUAACCUUUUGACUACUGCUAGUAACGGUGAAAAUAGUUCUAUCCUAUAUUUUCCUCUGAACAGUGGACCAUCAAAUUGUUCCAUAGUAUCUAAAUCGCUCCACCAUCUUAUAUCGUAUAGUAAUAAUUGUCAUUAAUCAGUUACUCUCU